CGCUUCACUUGUUCGCCGUCAACACCAUCCUAUCGGGACGUAUUCUGAAACUUGCCGGAUUGUUGACUUGCACUUAUUCUACUUCUAGUCUGCUAGCUUCAUCAUUAUCAAUCUUACACCAUGGCGCAAUCACCCGUGGCCGUCGUCUGCGUCGGCAUGGCAGGCUCCGGCAAGACGACCUUCAUGCAGAGAAUCAACUCGCAUCUCCACUCGAAGAAGAAGGUUCCCUACGUGCUGAACCUGGACCCCGCUGUCUACUCCGUUCCGUUCGAGAGCAACAUCGACAUCCGCGACUCCAUCAACUACAGAGAAGUCAUGAAGCAGUACAACCUCGGGCCUAACGGCGGUAUUCUCACAUCCCUCAACUUGUUCGCUACGAAAGUCGACCAGAUCAUCGCCCUACUGGAGAAGCGUACCGCACCAAACCCGAGCAACCCCUCCGCCAAGCCGAUCGAGCACAUUCUUGUCGACACUCCCGGACAGAUUGAGGUGUUCGUCUGGAGCGCAUCUGGAAGCAUUUUGCUUGAAACCUUGGCCUCUUCAUUCCCUACCGUCAUCGCAUAUGUCAUUGAUACCCCCCGCACCAGCUCCACGAGCACCUUCAUGAGCAACAUGCUCUACGCCUGCAGUAUCCUGUACAAAACCAAGCUGCCGAUGAUCCUUGUCUUCAACAAGACCGACGUGCAGGAUGCCGAAUUCGCCAAAGAAUGGAUGUCCGAUUUCGAUGCGUUUCAGCAGGCGCUCCGGGAAGAAGAGGAGUCGGGUGCGUUUGGCGCUGAGGGCGGAGCCGGUGGCUUUGGUGCUGGAAGUGGAUACAUGGGAUCGCUACUGAACAGCAUGAGCUUGAUGUUGGAGGAGUUUUAUCGCCAUCUGAACGUCGUGGGUGUGAGCUCCAUGACGGGUGAUGGUAUUGAUGAGUUCUUCGCUGCUGUGGAGGAGAAGCGCCAGGAAUUUGAGCGUGACUACAAGCCUGAGCUGGAGCGCAAGAAGAAGGAGCGCGAGGAGACCAAGGCUGCACAGCGGGAGCUGGAACUGGGCAAGCUGAUGAAGGAUAUGAGCGUCUCCAGUUCUAGUCGUCAGAGAAAGGACGAAGCCGAGACCGUCAGUGAGGCGGAAGAAGAGGCGGAAGAUGCGGCUGGCCAGGGAGGGUUCGACGACGAUGAUGAUUCCGAUGAAGAUGGAUAUGGCGGUGCUCCCCCAGCGGGUAACGAUGAAGGGCUGUCACAGCGGUACAAGGAUGCCCUGGCAGAUCAGGCUGGUCCUUCGGAUGCGGAUCACAGUUUCGCCAGAUACUUGCGCAAGAGCAACAUUAACUAGGAUUUUGGGGAUGAUAUCACGGGAGAUGUGCAUUCUGCUACUUCAUAUAUUGGUGUACGAAGGCGUUGAUAUUGGCUCACUCAUCAUGAAUAAAUGAUUAGAAUUUAAUUUAAAAGCAUACUGUUCG